UAAAUUAUUAAAGUUUUACAUAAUUUAGUUUCUCAACGCCACUUGAAUAAAAUCAGGCCAUUAAAACAUCUUAAUUGAUCAAAUUAUUUUACUAUUAUUUAUAGAAUUUUGAAAUACAAAUGAAUUCUUAGUCUUUAAAUAUUUAACAUUGCAGAGAAAGUAAAGAAAAAAUGGCAGAACGUCAGGAUGAUAAAGAGUUAUGUAUGCUUUCAAAAUUGUACAAUGCUGUGCGAGAUGGUAAUUUGGAUGAGACAAAAGAGAUUAUUGAGUCUCUACCCCCGGAAGCAUUGAAUUGGGAAAUCCCAGAUAAAGGAAAAAGGGCUCUCAUACUGCUGUUACAUAUGGACAUGAGCAUAUAGUGGAGGAGUUGGUGACGCUGAUGCCGAAUGAGAGCUUGGCCUUGCAUGAUACUGACGGUUACACAGCUCUAAGCUUGGCAGCCGUGCUUGGAAAAUGGCGAAUGGUGGAGUGCAUGCUUCAAAAAUACUUUGACUUGAUUAGCAUUAGACAUUAUGGAGGGGAAGAAAAUCUUCCAGUUGUUAUGGCUAUUGAUUUCGAGCAAAUAGAAAUGGCGCGUAAUUUGUAUUAUCUUAGUCUAGAUAAAGAUUUAAUUCCACAAGAUGAUAAUCAAGAGAUUCAAGACUGCAAUGGUGCUACGCUUUUUACCCGUGCCAUGUAUACUGGAACUUUGGAUAUUGCUUUGGGAUUAAUCCGAGCCUGCCCACAUUUGGCACUGGCUCUUGACAAGGAUAAAGAGUCUCCCAUCUUUGCAUUGGCCUCUAUGCGUCAUUCCAUCCCAAGUGGAAUUCAGCUCGGGUUUUGGAAGCAACUCAUCUACUCCUGUAUGCGCAUUCCAUUAGUACCUUUGACCAGUACUGAGACUCGUUUGAACGUUUUAAACGAAGAACAAUGCCGAAGCAAUCAAAAAAAUCAAAAUAUCAUAUCAGGUAUGCUAAUUUUGCCUUAGCUUACUUUCCCAUAAUCUUCAGUUUUUCUUUUAUGAUAAUUAGCUAUGAUCUAAUACUAGGUAUAUAAGAUUUUGAUAGCAUGGAAUUUUACUGAUCCUUUGAAGCCACAUAAUUUAUUCCUAUCAAACGACAAUUAUUUACUCGAAGAGUAAUCAUUGAUGCGG